AUGUCCUCUCUUGACGAUGUGAAGGACCAAGGGUACGGAGAGCUUGUCGAUACCUACGGGAACAAGUUCCAAAUUCCUGACUACACAGUCAACGAUAUCAGAAAUGCAAUUCCCAAGCACUGUUAUGAACGAUCAGGAGUCAGAGGCUUGGCCUAUGUUGCAAGGGAUAUUGCAAGUCUGGCAAUCACUUUCUACCUCUUCAACCGAUUCGUCACCCCCGAGAACAUUCCCUCGACUCCCGUUCGGUCUGCUCUUUGGUUCUUGUACACCGUCGUUCAAGGUCUCUUCGGUACCGGAUUGUGGGUCCUUUCCCAUGAAUGCGGCCAUCAAUCCUUCUCCGAAUCCAAGAUUCUGAACGACACCACAGGUUGGAUCUGCCACUCAGCACUUCUUGUCCCUUACUUUUCGUGGAAGAUCUCCCACGGCAAGCACCACAAGGCCACCGGACACAUGGAGCGUGAUAUGGUCUUCGUUCCUAAGACUCGAGAGGUCUAUGCUACUCGUAUCGGAAAGAUGGUCCACGAGUUGGAUGAGUUGACCGAGGAAACCCCAAUCGCCACUUUGAUCCACUCUGUUGCUCAACAAUUAUUGGGCUGGCCAAUGUAUCUUUUCUUCAACGUCACCGGCCACAAUUACCACGAACGUCAAGCUGAAGGCCGUGGAAAGGGUAAGGUCAAUGGAUACUUGACUGGUGUCAACCAUUUCAACCCAGCAAGCCCACUGUACGAAGCCAAGGAUGCCAAAUUGAUUCUUCUGAGCGACGUGGGUCUUGCCAUCGUUAUCAGCGUUCUCGUUAUGCUCUGCAAGACUUACGGAUUCUCCAACAUGGCCGUCUGGUAUUUUGCUCCCUACCUUUGGGUGAACCACUGGCUCGUCGCCAUCACUUUCCUCCAGCACACUCAUCCUACCCUUCCCCACUACACUGCUGGAAGCUGGAACUAUGUCCGUGGUGCAGCUGCAACUAUCGAUCGUGAAUUUGGAUUUAUCGGUCGCCAACUCCUCCACGGCAUCAUCGAGACCCACGUCCUCCACCACUAUGUCAGCACCAUUCCCUUCUACCACGCCGACGAAGCCACAGAGGCCAUCAAAAAGGUUAUGGGCAAGCACUAUCGUGCCGAUGUCGAGGGUGGCUCUCUCGGUUUCUUGCAGUCUCUCUGGAGCAGCGCCCGUUGGUGCCAAUGGGUCGAGCCAUCACCAAAGGCUGUUGGUGAGGGCAAGGGAGUCUUGUUCUUCAAGAACCGAAACGGUCUCGGUGUUCCGCCUAUGCAUCUCAAGGAAGUCAAGCCCAAGAGUCGAAGAACUCGCAGAUAG